UGGUUGUCUGGUGCUACUUGUUUGUGUCAGCUGAGCAGCGUAGAUGAGUAACACGAAAAUAAACUUGUAUUGUUGAAAGGUCGAGUUUGAUCGCAACAGCAAUGUUUUAAGGAAGAUGGUCGAGCCAAUAUUCGAUUAUCAAUUCAGGCUAAUAUUGAUCGGAGACAGCACCGUCGGUAAGAGCUCCCUGCUCAAGUACUUCACGGAUGGCAAGUUUGCAGAGAUUUCCGAUCCAACUGUUGGUGUUGAUUUCUUUGCGAGGCUGAUAGAGGUCAAGGAUGGCACCAGGAUUAAGUUGCAGCUCUGGGAUACGGCUGGUCAGGAGAGGUUCCGAUCGAUCACAAAGUCUUACUACAGGAACUCUGUCGGUGCUCUGCUUGUGUACGAUAUAUGCAAGAGGGAUAGCUUCGAGCACAUCCCACAGUGGAUGUCAGAGGCCAAGAGGCACAUAGAACCGCAUCGACCUGUCUUCGCGUUGGUCGGUUGCAAAGUUGAUAAAGUCAGCAAUGGGGGACAACGCGAGGUGUCCAAGGAGGAGGCCAAAGAUUUCGCUGAUCAGAACAGUCUCUUCCACGUCGAGACGUCAGCGAAAACCGGUCUGAACGUGGAGGAGGCCUUCAAAUCGGUAACGCAGGAGGUGUACAACCGGAUACAGACUGGGGAAUACAAAGUGGAGGACGGAUGGGACGGAAUCAAGACGGGAUUCGCGAGACCGAACGGCAUGGAUUUCAAUCUGGUGGAGGCGGAAGCGGCGAAAUCUUCAUGCUGUUAACUUCACAUUAUCAUUUAACUUUUACUUUUUUUUUUAACUCAAAUUAUUCAAUAUUUUUACGCUCUUAGAGCAAUGAACAUUGAAUUGUAUUAAACAGGCGUGCACAAACAAAUACGGUUCAAUCCACACACGGAAAGCUUCACAAACAAUUUCUUUUAUUACAUGUUCAUUGUCCUCAUGAGUCGAGGAAAUAUUAUUUUUUUCUAGUCUAUAAAUAUUUAUAUAUUAAUAACGAUGAAAAUGU